GUCUGACGACAUCAACAAUCGACGGGACAGCUUACUCGGAUUGCCUGCUCGAAGUGUAACAGCACCGGAGGAGACCGCGAUACCAAGCAAGAAAAUGCUGCCCUUCGUUAAAAUAUCACUGCUGCCUCUGUGCACUUUGCUGUCCCUGUGUGUCCUGGCUAAAACCUCACCUGAGCGGACAAAGACGGUGGAGUUUAACGUCAAACCCGGAGGAGUUGUGCACAGUUUCUCCGAGGGAAUUAACGAGUAUGAGUGCACAUUCACUUAUGCUUCACAAGGAGGGACCAACGAGCAAUGGCUGAUGAGUGUGGGCCUGAGCGAAGACGGCAGACUGUUUUCUUGCUCUGUGUGGAGGCCUCAGGGAAAAUCGUACCUGUUUUUCACCCAGUUCAAAGCUGAGCUGAAAGGAGCCAAAGUUGAAUACGCCAAUGCUUUUUCACAAACAGCAGCAGCAGGACAGCGUGACGUGCCUCUGAAGCCGGAGGAAUUUACCGUAGGAGAAUCAACAGUGACCCAAAAAGAUGGGAAGUUCAGCGCUCAACUCUCCAAGCUGACCGUCAUUGGACAAACGGGACACAACGAGCUGUGAUUGGACAGAAGUCACGCUCAGCCGUGACCAAUCACAGCCCCUCGGUGAACUGCGCUUCUGCUCAUUAAUUUGUGAAAAAAAAGAAAAAAGGGGGGGGGGGGAUUUCUUCCUGAGGAGCAAGCUAAAACGGAAGCAGGACGAAGCUGAUAUUGGCCUUAGGGGAAACUUUGUGCCAGCACUUUUUCAGAGAUUUUUGGAUUUGUUCUACAAAAGAUGAAGAGGAAUUAGCUGAUUAUCCGGACGUUUCCUGAUUUAAAAAAAAUCAGCCAUUAGAUGAAGUUCCUCUGUAGCUGUUUCUUAGUUUCUGUAAUAUAGGGUGACUGGUCUGAUGUAAGGGGUGUAUGAAUGUAUAGAGGAUUGGUGUUGGUGUUGGGGGGGGGGGUUUAAGCAUAAAUACAUUUUAGACUAGCAGGAGAUUUAUGCAUUUUGUGUAAUCCUGAGAGGAGAGUGAGUAAUCCCCGAUAUUGUGAAGCAGCACACAUCUAAACAAGUAGAAAUUGCUCUGUCUCGUUGUGAUCGGCGCUGCUGUUGAAAGAAAGCACUUCAACGUCUCUGUUUAGCUACAUCUGCCACAGAUAACUCAAAGCACCGCAUCUGAUCCAUUCAAGCACCAGCCAGGUUUUUUGUUUUCUGCUGUUUUUCCUGAUAAAAGCUAUUCUUGUUAGAGAAGACGCCACAAAAGAGAACCAAAACUGAAUUGAAUUUGUAGGUUUGCAAACCAUUGAGCUAGCCAUUGGCUAUUACAUGAUACUAUAUGACUGCCCUUAUAUUUAUGCUAUAAAAGAAAACAGCAUGUAUAGCAUGACCUAACCGCCUUUAUUUAAAACAGGAAAGACAUGGAUCCUUACUGCUGCUUAAUAGAACACAUUAAUAUUAAAAAAAAAGAAGGUAUCUGUUGUUUUUUUAUAUACAUGGAUUUAGCAAAAAUAGAAUAAACACCAUAUUGCAGUACUUUCAAGUGCUUACUGUGCAGAAAUUAAAUAAACUUUUUGGCUUCCUGAAUUAAAGGAAGCAAAAGGCA